ACAAAGAAGAAGCAGACCCGGAUGAGGAAACACCGUCACUUCCUGUAUCUGUCCUCUCCCUUUAGUUUUGUUGUCAGUUUGUUCAUGUCGGAGUUUUUUUUUUUUUUUCUUCAGAUUUACGAACUUUUUCUGAUUCUAACGAACCGGAACAAACCCAGCUGGGUGUGUUCUCCCCACAGACCGGAACAGCCCGCUGUUAGCUCCUGUUUUAGCCCGAGUUAGCUCCUGUCGGCUCCGCUCGGCUCCGCUCGGCUCUUCCCGGCUCUUCCGUUAGCCUCCGUCAGUUAGCAGCAGGAUGACCACCUGCCUCCACGUCCAGUUCUCCGCCGUCAUGGAGUCCCUGAUCCACGCGGCGGUGGCGGAGCUGGUGAAGCUGAUGGAGGAGAGACUGAAGGACCGGAGCGACGGGUCCGGGUCCGAGGACGAGGACGGACCGGUUCUGAAGGGACCGGAAGGGAUCCGGGACAAGAUGGUGAGGAGACAGGGGUCUGUUAUAGGGCUGGGCGAUACGGUAAAAAGUUUAUCCCGAUAUAUUUAUUAUCAUAUCAGCUGAUAUCGAUCAAUAUCAGGAUAUAAAACUUUUCCAACACAAUAAUCUCCUGCAUCUGUGAGGUCUUUGUGUCUCUUUGGCGUUUUGUCGUAAGGCGUCGCUCUAGAGAAAGCCGACUGAAUGGUCGUCUGUUUCAGGCGCCAUGGGCUCCUCGCUCCUCUCGGGGUUUGUAACCUUUUGCGUUGCGCGUGCUCUGCGGCGUGGCGCUGCUUCAGGUGGUGAAAAAGAGGUGCUGUCGGCUUCACCUGUUAAAGUGCUAUGGUUGGGUGGAGCUGCUGUCUGCUUCGACUAAUUCAGAACAUGAUUGGUUCAGACCCGGAGAAACUCCCCUUUUCAUUGGCCGUUCGUAUAGUCGACCAAAACAUGUCAGAAUGACGACUAUUGAAAAGGAUAUUGAUCAUGUUUGAUAUUGAUAUUGAGGGACAUUGAUUUUUGAUGUCAUUAUCGAUUAUCUGCCCUCAAAGACCCCUAUGGUAGUCAGACGUUGUCCUGGAUGGAGGACUUUAGCUGCUCCACAGUUCGGGGUCUCCUUGGUCCUGGUUUUGGGGUCAUGGUGAUCCAAAUGUUUCCAAGUCAGAACCACAUCAGUCCAGGACUCUUCUCCUACAGAGCCAUGCUGUUGUCAGAAUGUGGUUCAGGAUCUUAUGAAGGUCUCCCCUGAAAAAGUCCUGGUCUGGAUGGACGCAGAUGUUCCUCCUAAACCUGAAGAUCUUGUCUAAAACUGAGGAUGCAGCAUCUAUGAUUUACAGAUCUGUGUUGAAAGGACAACUGGACUCACUAAAGCGAAACGUCUGAAGUAAGUCCAGUUGUCCUUUCCAGAAGGGUGUUAGAUCUUGAUUCAUCAGACCUCUUCAGUGACAUGAAGUCGAUCCGGUGACUCUGACUCCAGAGUCCUGCUGCUCCUGAACCUGGAGAUCUUGUCCAACAUGAAUGGAACCUUCACAGAAGACUUUGACCUGUUUGGUUGUUUCUUGGUCUCACCUGUUCACAGUUUUUCUUUUUUCGUUUCUCGGAUGUUUUUCUCGUUCUCGGCUCGCUCACGUGUCUGACCUUUGACCCCCUCAGAUGCAGUUUGCGUCCAUCAUGGAGACUCUGGGGAACGAGGCUCUGGGGAAGAUCAUGAACAUCAUGGAUGAAGCUGGACUCCAUGAGGAGGUGGACACCAGGAGGGGCAGGAAGAGACCUCAGACCAGCAUCCUGAACGUCCUCAACGAGGACGCACGAGUCGGUAUGUACAGACUCCGCCCUCAGAGUCAGUUACACCAAUCAGAGAAGAGCACAAUGAUGUCAUGUGAUCUAUGGUUACAGAGGCGGAGCACUCGUAUGGAGUCAGACCGGAGGGUUUGGAGACGUCGGUGUCCACUCAGGUGAGACCCUCGUCUGCUGACCAAUCACCUGUUUGUUGGCGAUGAUGCCUUCACUGACCUGACUCAUGUCUGUACUUUUCACCGCCGUAGACCAAAGUCGAGGAACCAGAGGAAGCAGAGGAAGCAGAGAAGCCGCUUAUCCUGGCGGUGACGGUGAAGGACGAACACGGAAACAUCGACCUGGGCGCCAUCACAGAGAGUCAGCAACCACUCCUCCUUCGCUCUGAUUGGUUAUCUCCUCCGUGUCAGUAAACAGAUGUUUGUGUUUGUUUCCAGGAGCUGAAGUCGAAGCGGCGGUGGACUCUGACCUCCAGCUGCAGGAAGUGGCGGACCCUCCAGAGUUUGUCAUGCAGAGCAUCACCUGGAAAUACUUCGCCUGUACGUUGUGCGGGAAAUCCUUCACGUCUCGGAGUUACCUGAAGUCUCACUACCUCAUCCACACCGGCGAGAAGCCGUUUCACUGCAGGGUGUGCGGCCAAGCCUUCCGUCAGAAGCAGAGUCUGCAGUGUCACAUGAGGACGCACACCGGCGAGCGGCCGUACGCGUGCACGCAGUGCGAGAAGAAAUUUUCCAAACAGUCGCAGCUGAAAACGCACGCCAUCAUCCACACCGGGGAGAAACCGUACAGCUGCGACGUGUGCGGCCGCCGCUUCAACCUGCUGCAGAACCUGCACCGCCACGCCGUCACUCACACCGGGAAGAAGGUCUUUGUGUGCGACACCUGCGGGAAAGGCUUCACCCGCGCCGUCUCGCUCAAAACACACGAGCUCAUCCACACCGGACAGAAACCGCUAAAGUGCGAGGAGUGCCCCAAGACUUUCCGCCACGCCGUCAACCUGAAGAACCACCAAAGGAUCCACAGCGGCCUGCGCCCGUUCAGCUGCGAGACCUGCGGGAAGUCGUUCCGCCAGUCGGUGAACCUGAAGAUCCACCGCAGGGUCCACACGGGCGAGCGUCCGUUCAGCUGCCAGGAGUGCGGCAAGACCUUCAGUCAGCAGAGCAGCCUGAUGUCACACGGACGCGUGCACUCCAGCGAGCGGCCGUUCGCCUGCAGCUGCUGCGACAAGAAGUUCAACAACGCCAACAGCCUUAAGCUGCACCUGCGCGUGCACACGGGCGAGAAACCGUACGCCUGCGAGGUGUGCGGGAAAACCUUCAGCCAGGGCAGCCACCUGAAGACGCACAAGAGACACGUCCACGCCGGCGGCAAGCAGUUCAUCUGUGACAAGUGUGGGAAGAGAUACUCGGAUCAACGCAACCUGAAGCUGCACAAGUGUGUCUACGCAUGAAUGUGGGCGCCGCCGCCGCCGCCGGCAGCCAUGUUGGAGCAAAUCUGAAUACUUGAAUGUAACAAACCAACGCUUUAUUUUCUAAUUACUUUUGACUUUGGGACUCUUAUUUUGAAAGGUCAGGAUGGUGGAGGGGAGGAGAUACAAGGUGCACCUGUCAAGCCAAUCAGAGCUUAGCUUUGUUCAAGUGGGCGGGGCUGCUUUAUCAGAUGGUGUUCGAGGUUCCUGAUGUUCCUGUAGAAAGAUACUACAAUACCCAUGAGCCUCAGCGGCUGUUACCUCAGAGCUAUGAGAGUAUGAGAGCCUUUGACUGUGUGACAGGGUGUCCGCCAGCAGGGGGCGCUCUAAGACGAGAGUGAGACAGACGCUAACACAGAGGGUCAAAGGUCAGACUCCUCUGUUGACCAGCAGGGGGCGUCGUGCUGCUGGAUCUGAUCUGAACAUCAUAAAUAUACAGUAAAUAUUAAAGUCGGAAUAAAAGCGAAUCAUGUACGAAUCUGUGAUAUCGUCAACAUUAAAUCUAAUAACCAUGGUUGUCAUGGUAACAUGAAAACAACACUAAAGGGCGUCAUGUGGUCGGUCCAUCCUAACAGAAGUGAGACGACGUGGAUCAGCUGAUGAGUCGCUCUGGGAGGUGAAGUUCGUUAAGAUCUUUAGUUUUGAUCAGUGAUCAGCUGCUGUCAGAAGAGUCAGAGAUGAUUGAUUGAUUGAUUGAUUGAUUCCUGUUUUAACACUAUCAGUUUAUAUCAAAGUGACUUUAUUACUUCUUUAUUUUAGUGAAACACUUUCACAGCUUUAAUCCUCUAAUAUUAACUCUUUAAAUCCAGUUUUUUUCAGGAGUCUAAAACCUGAUUUUUGGGUUUUGGUCUCGGGUUAAUUUAAGCCCCGCCCUCUGAAAUGCAGCGCUCUGAUUGGCUGAAUCUGUGGUUGUGAUCAGGGUUGUUUCUGUUACUGACUCUUCUGUGAAGGUGUAAAACUGCACAUUACUGCUUUUUAUCGUUCAAUAGAAGAAGAUAUUUUUCAUGUAUUAAAAGAGAAAUAUGCUGAAAGGGCU